UCAUUGCCCUAGAUGACCGCGCGCGCAGGACGGGGAGGAUGCGGGGCUGCCGGACUAGAACGGUAACAGAUUCCGCUGCUGCUGCUGACCGCGAGCCCCCGGCGGGUGUGUGUCGGCCGGUAGAGAAAGAAGAGGAGCCGCCGUCGCGCGGCCGCCGGCUCUGAUGGCUCCUCGCGCCCAGGGCGGGAAAGAGUCACAGCAGUCGCCGCGGAGCGAGAGGGUAGGGGACAGCAGGUAUCUGGGAAGUGACGUGGUGUCCGCGCCCCACAAGAAAGCAAAACGGUGCGUUUGUCGUGCGUCUCGCAGGAGGGCAGGAGCGGGAAGGCGAACAUGGCCGCACAGUCCGACGGCGGCAAAGCCGGGGUCGGGUGCGGCGGCGGGGGUUUCGCCCAGCUCUAUGAUGUUGACGCCGAGGAGCCUCUGGACUCCGCGGCGAUCCACAUCUGUCAGUGCUGCCGCUCUUCCGCUUGCUACUGGGGCUGCCGCUCAGCUUGCCUCGGCUCUCUGCUCGGCGGGGGUCCGCCUGCCGGAGGGGUCGGCAUCCGGGAGACUCACUGCCCGCCCCGGGAGCAGCUGUGGCUGGACUGCCUCUGGAUCAUCCUUGCCCUCCUUGUCUUCUUCUGGGACGUCGGCACGGACCUGUGCCUGGCGGUGGACUACUACCAGAGGCAGGACUACCUCUGGUUCGGCCUCACUCUUUUCUUCGUACUGGUGCCCUCGGUACUGGUCCAGAUUCUGAGUUUCCGAUGGUUCGUGCAGGACUACACCGGCGGGGGCCUCGGGGAGGUCGAGGGGCUGACCAAGCGGGGCACGGUGGUUCUGGGGUGCCUGUAUCCUGGCAGGGACCGCCUGCAGCUGGCCACUAUCUGGCUGUGGCAGGCCACCAUACACAUCCUCCAGCUGGGACAAGUGUGGAGGUACAUCAGGACGCUGUACCUAGGCGUCAUGUCGCGUCGGCAGAAGGAGCACCAGCGGCGCUGGUACUGGGCCAUGAUGUUCGAGUACGCUGACGUCAACAUGUUGCGUUUGCUGGAAACGUUUCUGGAGUCGGCGCCUCAGUUGGUCCUGCAGCUCUGCAUCAUGAUCCAGGAGAACCGAGCCGAGACGCUACAGUGCAUCUCCUCCCUAGCCUCCCUCCUGUCUCUCGCCUGGGUUCUGGCCUCCUACCACAAACUGCUCCGAGACUCUCGUGACGACCAGCGCAGCAUGAGUUACCGCGGGGCGCUGCUGCACCUCUUCUGGCGCCUCUUCACCAUCUCCUCCCGCGUCCUCUCGCUCGCUCUCUUUGCCUCCCUCUUCCACAUCUACUUCGGCAUCUUCGUGGUGAUCCACUGGUGCGCCAUGGCCUUCUGGGUAGUGCACGGAGGCACUGACUUCUGCAUGUCCAAGUGGGAGGAGGUGCUCUUCAACAUGGUGGUUGGCAUUGUCUACAUCUUCUGCUGGUUCAACGUGAAAGAGGGUCGGACGCGAUACAGGAUGGUGGCGUACUACACCGUGGUGCUGGCUGAGAACAGCAUCCUGACGGGCCUGUGGUAUGCCUACAGAGAUCCAGUGCUGACCGACUCCUAUGCUGUCCCGGCACUGUGCAGCGUCUACCUGACAUUCGCAGGGGGCGUCCUGGUCAUGCUGCUGUACUACGGUUUCCUCCAUCCUGCCACUGCCCACCUCCAGCCAAGUCCCGCCUCAUCCUGCUGUGCCCAGCUGCUCUGGGGUCUCCCUCUCCCCCCAUCAGCCCCACCCACAGCCCCUCCCACACCAGCCCACAUGGCCAAGUCACAGACGGAAGAGGAUGUGGCCGAGACGUGUCUUCCCGUCUUCCAGGUGAGGUCUGCGCCCCCCACCUCCAAGCCCGAGGGCCCGCUUAUAAAGAUCGACAUGCCCAGGAAGCGUUACCCAGCAUGGGAUGCCCACUAUGUAGACAGGCGCCUGCGGAGAACUAUAAACAUCCUGCAGUACAUAACGCCAGCCGCUGUGGGCAUCCGCUAUCGUGAUGGACCCCUCCUGUAUGAACUGUUGCAGUAUGAGUCCUCACUCUGACAAACACACAAAUCAGCACACACACACACACACGUACAGACAAGUACACAUAAGCACAUAUGCACCAUAAAAAAACAUGUAUGUAUAUGUGGAUGUUCAGAUUUAGAGAAGAUUUAGAAACACAUUCAUGCACAGAAAGUCACUGAAUAUAAGCACAUACACACACAGAAGCAAUCUGUCACACUUACAUGUGUGCGCACACACGCGAUCACACUUACAUUCCUUGCGGGCACCUGCGACCUGUGAGCCCAUGGCCAUGACUCAACAAGCUGCUUCGGCGCGAGUCCGUCUCCUCCUCUCUUAAACCUUUUGUCACUCUAUUUAACUCCUCUAAUCGUCCCUCACUUGGUCUCAUUUCUUUAAUUUUACAUGUGCGCGCUCCGCUGCAAAGAAGAAAAAAAAAAGUAAAAAUAUGAAAAAUAAGCAUAGUUUUACGAUGGAGUCCUUGACCACCGCAAGCCAUUUAUGUUGCACGCGUUCACGGGUUUAAGUAGAAUAAAAAGAUGUGACACAAUGACCGUCACUUUUAAUAAAAGGAGUUGUAACAUGUCGUUAUUAGUCUGGUCAAAAGAUAGUGUAUAUAUUUUCUAUGUACAGAGAGGAUGUUUUUUAAUCUGUUGUUAUGUUGUUGUUGGACAAAGCUGUUGGACACAUCAGUUUCUCGACAUCACUGACAAGGUUAACGGGGAGAGUGAUCGAGCAUGAUGGAAAAGAUGGAGACAAAGUGGCAGUAAUGGCAUCCAAUGUACACUCAAACAACAAUUUUUACAUUUGCGGCCUCAAUUUUUAAAAAUCUAAAAUUUUAGCUACAGUUUCUUAAAAGGACAGUUUUUGUUUAGUAGAUUUACUUGUCUUGUCAAAGGCAGAGUAAAUCACUACAUCCCUGACAUUAGCACUAGAGCUCAGGCCAAGAGUCGAUUAGCUUAGCUUAGCUUAAAAAAACUGAAAACAGGUGGAAACAGCUAGCCUGGAUGUUUUCUCCUAAAGUAUGUAGUAGCUAGCAUCUUGUCUUAUUUAAAUUAUACAAAAAGAUAAAUGUGAAAAAUAGUUUUUUGUGGGUUCAGAAAGUAGCCAAACCAUCUACCACUAAGAAUAAUUGCACAUUUACUUGCUCCUAAGAUAGUAAAAGAGUAACUCUUCACAUUUUGGAGUUCAUGUGCUUGUAAGUCAAAAUAUUGAAACAAACUAAUGCUAUAAAAAUUAUCAUUCUUAUUGAUCAGGGCUUGUAAAAGAAAUGUGAUAGUUGAUACCUGACCUAUCAGGGUAAUCAGGGGAGUAAGUUUUCCAGCUAAUCUGGGUUACUUUGUGUAGCGUAAUGGUAGAUGCUAUGUUAUAAAUUGAAACUUAUCUAAAUAAAUAAAAGCAUGUAUAUGAAUUUGUAGCAAACUUUAUUUCUAUCAACAAAAUAGUUACUUUUCUCUGCUUGUUUCUGCCUACACGAUGUCAACAACUCAGCAAGUCCUGCCACAAAAUCUGACUCGAGAUCUUGAAAGCUACAGGUUUCUACCUGUUUUUGGUUGUUAUGCUAACCCUAGGCACUUAGCAGUUCUUUGGGCUUGCAGAAACUCAUAUUUAAUGGAGAGAUAAAGAACUAGUACAACUUUUCUCAUGUAACUCAAAGGCCAAUUGAGCAUAGAACAAAGAAAGCCCAACUAUUUCCUUAAGAUAGACUUGAAAAAAUUAUGUUGAGGGCAGUUAGCAACAUGUUAGCUGUAAUGUGGAAAAAUGAAAAACAGUCGCGUCUUAAAGCAUAGUUCAAUAACACUAAAAUAAUUUCUUGCUGAACAUUUGGAAAAGUAAAUUUUUUUUAAAAAUUAUGGUGAUUUCAGUGUCUUUAACCGUUUUCAAAGUAAACCAAACUACAACACCUAAACAGGACUAGCUAGCUAGCUUUUUCGUUAGAUGUUAGCUAAAUGCGGUUUCAGAUUUCAUGAUUAUAUAAGCCAUGCAUUAAAGCUCUCAGCUAUUUGAAAAUUCUGAAACAAACUGAAGACUCUUUAAUAAUUGACUUCCAUGUUAGUGGAACAAGAUUCAUAAGGAAUGUUUCUGCCUUAAAUCUGUGCCAUAGGUACAUCUUGACUGCAAACUCAUUUGAAGCCCUACGCUAUAUUCAUGCAUGCACCUCCCUCAGUAUGUAACUACAUGUGGCGUCAGUGCAGCU